UCAGCUGUAAUGAAUCAUUGUUCAUUACAUGAUAGUGGAGAUUAACGUCUCAGUCGGUUCUAAAUUUUAUUUAUAUGAAAGUGAUUGUGAGGGAUCUAGACGUUAUCAGAACAGCAGCGUGAAUUAUAUCAAAAGUUACAAGAGAUGGCUAUUAAUAUUCUUCGAUAUCGCAGUCGGUUCCUAUUUCUGGUUUUCCUGUGUCUUACGUCUUCCGUGAUUCUGCUGGUGACCUGGGAGAAUGGUUUGACAGGUAUUUUACUUUUGAGGACUUCUUUUUCGAGUCUCGCAGAAAAUGCUGAAGUGGAAAUUCAAUUGGAAAGCAGCUCUUUUGUCACCGACUGGUGCAGAGUAAGAAAAGCCAGACUAGAUUGGAAAGAACUUCUGAAACCUUGUUCAAAGUACAUACAAUGGUCUUCGAAAGUUAAGGACACAUCUUUGCGUACAAACGCCACGACUAGUACUAUCGUAUUCUGGGAACUAAACCCUUCGGGACGUUUCAGUCGAUUUGUAAUUCAAUCUAGGACUAAAGCAAAGAUUCCUCAGAAAUCUGGAGGGGAUAGUUGGCUGGUUCGCAUCAAGGGAGAGGCGUAUAUAUCAGCCACAGUUAUUGACCAUGAUAAUGGUACCUAUGAGGUAUUGUUCUUGCCGAUGGAACCAGGUGACUACCAAGCGCAGAUACGACUUGAUUAUUCGCUGUGUGAUGGAUACCGAGAUCCGCCGCCUGAUUGGUUUAUUAUAGGUAAUUCCCAAGGAAAGCACCAGCCUGAAGGUACACUAGGAACACUGGAUGACUAUCUCCUUGAGCCUCUGGGUAGAAAACCGUUGCAUGAGUUUAGUAUUAAAUCUGGAAAUGCUACACUGAAGAAUGUGAUAAAAAAUGUACGCUCAAAUAAACUGGUCAGCGGCUGUGGCAGUCUUUCUUGUCGAUUCCUGUGGGAUGGUUAUGGACGAUGGCUGCGUCGAACAUGGAUGCCUCUAGUACCCGGAUCUCUACAGCAGCCACGUUACAGAGAUACCUCGAAAGGCAAAGGAAUAAUGUGGUUUUACGGCGACUCCCUAAAUUACAACCGCUAUCGCUACAACUUUAACGACAGUGAAUUGUGUAAAGACUCGUUUGACCAAUGCAGCUUCAACAUCAACUUCAUUUACCACAUCAAGUACAGAAUAGAGCUGGACACUACUGAAACAGAUGAACUGGACUUCAACGUCACACGUGUUCUAGAUCACUUCCGCUCCGUUCUGUUACAUCCACGUGUCAAUCACGUGAACAGUGUGAUCGUUUUGAACAUGGGCUUGCAUUACGUCAUGGGCCUCACAUUUGAACGAUACCAGGACCUUAUUCAACGAACGAUAGGAGUGAUCAAAGAAAACGAGAGGAGUCCCCACGGGAAAUUGGAACGCAGGUUCAAAGGUCACGUGAUAUGGUUGACGACGACGGCGAUCAAUAAAGAAAACGCAAAGGAAUUACAAGCAACAAAAUGGCGGUUCUGUACUUAUCAACGAGUGAUUCUAUUCAAUGCGUACGCUACAUCAGCCAUGUGCGAAGCAGGGAUCGAUAUAGUAGACAUGUACCCUAUAACUGAUUCGUAUCCUGAUGGUACCUAUGACGUGGUCCACUACAGACCGCCUGCUUCUCAGCCUAUAGUGUCUGUCUUUCAAGGCUAUCUCGGGCCGCCAUUACAAACUUGAGGAGUUCUUUGUGACUCAAAAUUAUCCAGAUUUAAUAGAGUUUACCAAAAUUUAGAACUAAGAUAAAAUGGAUUAAAUACUCUAAUUUUAAUUUUUAAUUUUCGUCGCUUUCUCAACUUAAAACAAAUUAAUGAUAAUAAUAAUAAUAACUUUAUUUCUUAAAAAACGCAUUUCUAAAACUCAAUGCUUGUUUAAAUUGGAAUCUAUAUUCGUCCGGGAGAAUCGCUUGAUGUGUCUCUGCAAACUGAAUAAGAAGAGACAACUAGCUAAAAACUAGUGUGAGCUGCGUCGGUGUUUCUAAUGAAACAGUAAUGAUAAAAGGGUAAAUUGUACGCCGUUACAUCUCUCCACGGUGUAAAAUUUACCCUUUAAUCAUCUCUGCAAAAUAGAUGACUUUACUAGUAACUCGAUUAUAAUUCUUCUUUAGUUGAGAAAUCGUUCAAAAUCAAAAACUGCCGAGGGCAUUUAAUCUGGGCGGCCGCGAGGUCUGUAAUCAGGAGAAACUUUUCGGAGUGCCACGAAGAGGGGCGUUUGUAUUUUGUGCCGAGAACUGUACAAGCUCGUCAAAUUGGCCAAUCCAUUUGUUGAGGCGAAGAAUCGCUUGCAGUUGAAGUUUCUAUAAAAAAAUAGAUUCCUUUUGAUUUGAUUAGACAUAUUUAUUUAAACUUGUUUAUCAAUAAAUAUAUA